GGCCCAUCUGCCCCACCAUUUCACGGACGGCUUAGCAGCACAUGGCAGCCCACCUCCAACCUCAUCGAGAGAUUGAACUCGUCGCAAACGACACAAUUGGAAAUUGGAAGUAAACAUUGCGCUUUGCUCAUAUACGUACCCCUUUUCCACCUCUAAUCUUUCUUGCCCAAUCUUUGCUUGCCUCUCUUGCUGCGCAUUGCCCCUCUUGUGCCCCAACCCCUCACAAUGGCCUCCCUCCUCGAAGCCCGAACCCCGGGCUUCAACCCUUACUCGGUCAAAUACUCCCCCUACUACGACUCCCGCCUCGCCGUCGCCUCCUCCUCCAACUACGGAAUCGUCGGCAACGGCCGCCUCUUCAUCUUGGGUCUCGGCCCCCAGGGUAUCGCCAUCGAAAAAACCUACGACACAAACGACGCCCAGUACGACCUCGCCUGGUCAGAAAUCAACGAAAACCAAUGCGCGGUAGCAUGCGGCGAUGGCUCCAUCAAGCUCUUCGACCUCAACGUGCCCGAAUUUCCCGUCAUGAACUUCCACGAGCACAAGCGAGAGACCUUUUCCGUCUGUUGGAACCCCCUCACAAAAGACACCUUCCUCUCCUCAUCAUGGGAUGGUACCGUCAAAAUCUGGUCCCCAACCCGCCCAGCAAGCCUCAAAACCCUCCCCGUAGGCAACUGCACCUACUCGGCCUCCUUCAGCCCCCACAACCCCUCCCUCAUCUCCUGCGUCAGCUCCGAUUCCCACCUCCGCCUGUUCGACCUCCGCACUCCUGUCAACGCAAAAUACCACCUCGUCGCCCAGAUUCCGAUCCACUCCCCCCCUUCCAUACCCCAGUCCACCAUCCUCCCCCGCCUCUCCAACGGCACCACCUACGCGGGUGCAAUCCCGAACGAAGCCCUCACGCACGAUUGGAACAAAUACUCGGACACUGUCAUCGCCACCGGCGGGGUGGACCGCACCAUCCGGACGUUUGACAUUCGCAACCCGACCGGCGGCCCGACGGCGGUGUUGCUGGGUCAUGAGUUUGCCGUUAGGAAGCUCCAGUGGUCACCGCAUGCGCGGGAUGUGCUUGCCAGCGCGGGGUACGACAUGACGGUGAGGGUUUGGAGUGAUGGGAGCGCGAUGCCGUUUCCGCAGGAGGAGAACGUCAUUAGGGUGGGGCAGGAGUUGGGGUUGAUGAAUAGGCACACCGAGUUUUGCACGGGGGUGGACUGGUGUCUUUUUGGGACGGGGGGUUGGGUGGCUAGUGUUGGGUGGGAUGAGAGGGUUUUGGUUUGGGAUGCGCAUACGCUUUUGAGGAGGUGAUGUGAAAGGGAAGAGUGAGAGGUGUUGAAGGAAGGAAAAGUGAAAGGGAAAACAAAAAAACAAAAAGCAGGAUAUGAUACCCCCCCAAGCAUUGGAGGAAUUGGACAUGAGUUAAGCGAGAGGAUGAGAAGAUCACAAGACAGAACAUCGUACAUGAUUGGAGAAAACCAAAUAGACAGGACGUUUUCAAGAACGAAUAGAGCAAACCACAUAUUCUCAAGAUUCUCAGCCAACAUGGGCGUCAUACAACAUCAAAACUCGGGACAGAAUUUCAUCCACACAUCAUGGACAACAAAACAGGCAAGAUUCAACCUCGUGAUCGUACAAUUUUUGGUAUAAACAAGACAUACACCGUUCUCCAUAAUUUACACGAAACCAGGAACCCCAAAAGACUUAAGAUCCCCAAGAUGUCAAAAGCCAAAGAUGAGCAAAAGAAAACAAAAGUAGAGAAGAGAGAUUCCCCUGUGAUGUGAUAUGCGCCGCUUUGCCACCCCGCCCGCCUGCCUGCCUUGUGCCCGAAAUGAAUUGCCAGCCAUUGUCGCUCCUAUUUUCCCAUCCAUGCCUCAUGACUGAGAAUCGAAGUGACAACAAAAGAAGAGACAAUGCCCUCUCCUCUCUUGAAUUCUUUUGACCCGAAAAAAAGCAAAAAAAUAAACUCCGGGACAAUGCUGUGAUGUCAAAUCCAAUGAGGGGGCACCCUUCGUUCCAGGUCCCCCUUUUUUUGUUUCGUACCCAUCUUCCCCCUAACCCAUUCUCAUUCACAC